UUAGAUCGAACUGUUUGCCCUACAUUGGAUUUAUUUCUGCGGUCUUUCCUGCUUCAUUAGUAUUUGGAAAUGGCAUCCCCAACCACUGACAAUAUAAGAGUCGCGAUCAGAGUUCGUCCGUUGAUUAAAAGGUGAGUGCAUAGUCUUUUUGAACGGUUUAACUUUCACUCGUGGCCAACAUUAAUUUGUAAAUCGGAGCAUGAUUCACUGUUUUAUCGACAAGGUCUGUCGUUUUACGAAAGAACGAUUGAAGUACAUUCUGCCAUGUGUAUAAAUAUUGUAAGCUUAACAAAAAAUAAGCUUAACUAUGAUACGAUUUUGUUUUUAUCAUAAAAAUACAUCCUAGAUAUAUAUUUUAAAAUUUGACAACAGACAGGCCUGCUGGAACCGGGGUAACUCAGCCUAACUGCUAUAAUAUUAGUUUGAAUACAUAUCUCAGCUUUUGAGUACAUAUAACAUAUGCACCGUACCGUGAAACUGACCAACAGUGCAUGUUGUAAUGUUUUGAUCAGCUGAACUCCCAGUAAAGUGAAAAUAACUUGACUUUGCACUCUAGCUGGUUAAAACAUGCGUAUUUUAUACAUUGUAAGGCCAGUCAGCUUUCUUGAGUAGGAUGGAUAUGUUACAGGUCAAAUUAUAUUUAGGUUGAUUUUUUCAAUAACCAAGGUUGAUUUUCAAAUUCCUUUAUCUCCUAACCCUAAUUUAAUUCAUGAAUAGGAGACAAAGGAAUUCGAGAAUCAACCAACAAUGUUAAAAAUUUUAACCUGAAUUUAAUUUUGACCUGUUACCAACAGGUGCAUGGAAGGUGAUAAAAAAGAGGAGAGGAGAGAAAAGACCUGGCAAAUGCUGCUACUCAAUUCUCCCCUCUUCCCUUUUCCCUUCCCAUGCUCUAAAAAGGUGACCAUUAAUGAGUCUGACACAGUUUUUAGCUUUGUCAGUCCUCAUCGACAAUGAGAUACACUGUUGUUAUAAUCUUUGUACUAACAAUUUUUUUUUUCCAGGGAAAAUGACUAUCAGUCACAAACUCACUGGAAAGUUGACAGGAACAUAAUAACUCAGAUUAGUAAUGGAAAGGCAUUGUCAAAUUCGCCUUACGUGUUUGGUAAACUUCUUUUUUUUUUUUUUUGCUUUUCAAAACUGUCAUGUUAACCUAAGUUAGCUUGUGAAUACAGCUGUCUCUCAUUACUCCUUGGUGUGUGGACAUUUUGCAAGAGAGACAGUGCGGUUUUCCCUCUUGUUGUCACCCUUUACAUGUAUUCAUGCAAGUAAACUUCACAACAGCCAUCCUUGAAUUCUCUUUCUGUACAGUCAAACAGUCUCAUAAAGAUAUCAGUAUUUACUAUAAUCCCUUGAGCCAUCCAGUAAUCAUUUCUGCGUGACUUUGUUGCUCCACAAAAACUGGAGAGCAUUAGCAAAAAGGGAACAGAAGAUUUAGAAACAGUAUUUCCUUUUCUCCCCUCUGACUAAGAUGUUCUACCUGCCCAGGAGAAAUAGUUUAGCCCAAGGGGCCAUAAGGUUUCUCAAUUUUUAAGCAAGCGCAGAAGGCAAAAUGUCUAGGUUAGGACAAACAGGUUUAACUGACUCUUCACCUUCUGUGCCUUAACACAGGUUCCGUACUGACAUAGCUUACACAAUUUUGUUGUACUACCACUCGUCAAGGAAAACUUUAAUAUCAUUUCAAAUUUCACCCCAUUAUUAUUGUAGACAGAAUAUUUGAUAUUUCAAAUUCCACCCAAGAUGUUUAUGAUGAGUUUGGUCGACCUAUUGUCCUUUCAGCCAUGGAUGGCUUUAAUGGUGAGUACCUUAGAUUACCUUAAUACUACAUAAUAUUAUCGCGUUUGUGUGUCAUUGAGAAGAACAGAGCAGUUUGUUUCUAACACCUCUUGUUUCUUCUAUCCAUCCAUGCACCCCUCCCCCUCUCCAAUGAUUGUUUUGUGGGUUGCUUAUUGUCUCUUGUAUUGUACCAUCAUUUUAAGAUGCUGGAUAAGACUGGAUUGGGUGCCCCCCUCCCUUUACUUGGGUUGGAGGGGGUAACAAGGACUGAUUUAAUCCAGUCUGAUCCAGGUUUUGUUGCCAAUCCAUGUUUGGCAACUUUUAAUAUAAACCACUAUAUAAUAUUGUUCCUUUCCUCGAUAAAUUCUAGGAACUUUAUUUGCCUAUGGGCAAACAUCCUCUGGCAAGACAUACACCAUGAUGGGAGACCAGCAAAAUGAGGGGGUUAUUCCAAAAGCAGUUGGUGAGAUAUAUGACUACAUUGAAAAGGUAAAUUAUCGAAAAAAAUGUUGUGAUGUAUGUGAUGUGAAGUCACCAUGUAGUCUGUUGGCCCCUUUUGGAGAGCCAGGGGUUCUCUAAGGUCUUUUACCAAUACUUAACCCUUUAAGCCCUAAGAGGGCUCAUCAGCAUCAAAUAUCAAUGCUUUGUAAAACAGAGGUGAUCAGCAUCAAAUUUCUCCUUGUACUAUCAAUGCUUUGUAAAACAGACCAGUUGUUCAUGAGAAUUAUGGACAUGAUCACACAAGAUGAAUUUGCUUGAAAUUUUAUCAAUUUCUCCCCACUACCAAUGUAGGAAAUGAAUAGGGGCAACAAAUGAGAAUUCAAAUUUUUGAUCUUAGGGUUUAAAGGGUUAAAGCCAGGAAACUUUUGUGUCACCCUUUCCUUUUCCUUAGACAAAAAUAAUACCAUUCAACAUAAGCAAAACAACUGUCAUAUUUGAGUGUGGUUUUUACAUAAUAUACUUACAGUGUACUGCAAUGUUACCAAAAUCAGGGCUGUGCUCUAGCAAUACCUGGUCAGGAGGCACCUGGUGUCUUAGUUUUAUUCUUGGACGACUAGGAAAUCUCAGUUUUUGCAUAGAAAUUAUAUGCUGGGCACCCUGGAUUUCUCAGUUUCAGAGCAUUGGGUAGGCUCAGUCUCCAGCCUUGGGUCUCUAGAUACUCCUGUGGUACUCGGGUGGGGAGUAUAUCGCUGGCGCAUCGCAACACCCUCUCACCCAACACUGGAGACUGAGCCUAAGUAUUGGUCUCAUACGGUCAGGGACUUUUUCUUAUUGUUAUGUUUUCUUCUCAGCAUCCCUCCAGAGAAUUUUUGAUCAGGGUUUCCUACAUGGAGAUCUAUAAUGAGGUAUCUGACAAUGUUGUAAUGAUAUACAGCUGUACUAAAUAAUGACACGGGCAGAGGUAGCCUCUUUAAUGUUACCAUUUUAAUUCGAUUACUGAGACAACGUCUGAACCUAACGGUCUAAUGCCUACUGAAAUUUUUUUGAAACAUCCCUAAAACCACUGUUAAUGGUCGGUUCUUUUAAAGAGACUGACGAUCAGAGCAAGAAUACUUUAUGUAGUAACUAUAACAAUACAGUAGGCUAAAGUAAGGCAAAAUAACAACUCUGCACGCCCAGCAAGCUUUUUUGUACAUGUAGUGAACUAAGGAAGACGUUUGCCGGAAAACUCAGGCUUUAAUCACCAAAUCUCAUUCCAUGCAACAUGGCGGUAAAACUACAACCAGGAGGAUUGCGGGCUCUUAUAUAAGGACAAAUCUCACUUCAUAUACACUACACGAAUUAUCACAAAACUCGCAGUUCGAAUGUUCCUAGUUCAUAGCUCAGUUCGCAAUGUCAUUUACCACAGUACAUAACUUUGCUGUCACUGCAUGACUACGACGUGAAAAGCCAUGACAAAAUUUUUGUUUCUCUUUCUGAGCUUAAAUUACCCUGCGAGCAGAGUCUCCUUCGAUCUUCCUUUUCGCCGACGUCGCUGUCGUGGUAUCUUAAACUCCCGAUUUAGUAAAACCAAAAGGCACUUUUCAUACGCGUUAAUGCAUGUUGGUUGCAGGUUUGAGGAAAAUCUACCGUAAAAUUCUGAAAAUAAGCCCCCCCAUGUGUAAGCCCUUCCAAAUAUAAGCCCCCCAAAAUCGUAACACAAAAAACCCUUCCGGGGGGGUUGUACUUGGAAUUUGCCCUCAAAUACAAAGUAAAACAAAGCAAAAAUGGUAAAUUUCCUUCCCACUACAAACACUCCUGUUUCAACUUUAAAACGCAAAUUUCCCCCCAUAGGUAAGCCCCUUCGAAUAUAAGCCCCUCCAAAAGUAAGCCCCUCAAAAAGGGCCUUUGAAAAAUAUAAGCCCCGGGGCUCAUUUUCGGAAUUUUACGGUAUUUCAAGUGUUCAAGGUUUCCAAACGUCGCGUAGCUGAGUGAAUAGUGGUACAUGCAGAACCGGCACUGGAAAGGAUUGUUUUUUUCUUUUUUUAAACAUAUUCACGUGAUCUUUGCUUUUGUUUUCUUUAGGACAUAAAAGAUCUGCUAAAUCCUGGCAAAACCAAUCUUAAGAUCCAUGAAAAUCCACAGGUAUAAUAAAUAGAGUCAGGGUUAAAGAAAAUGCACCGUAGUCUUCAACUAUAAUUUUCAAUUUUUACACCUUUUGCUAUUCAUGUAGGUGUUCUCUGUUUAGUUUAUUGGAACAUCAAUACCCAAUAGAUACGCCCCUAUCACCUGGGAAAAAAGUUGCUUGAUAACGGUGAUUUUUCUCUUUAAUUGUUGUCGUUGUUGUUACAUGUUGUCGCUUUUAAGGUGGCUUGAUAGGGUUUUUCAAGGUCAAUGCCUCCCAAGUUUGAGAAUAAACUACCUCGUCACUAACAAAGAUUUUUUAAAAUUUUGAAUCAAGGUGUUCAUGUUGAUUACGCAAACUUGUGUUCAUUAUUCCACCUUUCAGAGGCAAGUAUACGUUGGUGAUUUGACAGAGGAGGUUGUUUCGUGUCCUGAAGACGUUUUCAAACAUAUGUUCCGUGGAGAAAGUAAGUUAAACACAGUCAAACCUGUUGUUACGAAAAGUACAAUAAAUGUCAUGUAGAUGAAGUAUAUCUUAAUAAUGUGAUCAACCAUGAUAGCUAAAGAAGUGAAAAUCGUAUCAAAAUGACUGCAUUAAGGUGUUUAAAAAGGGGGUCAAAGAGUGCUCAUUUAUUGGAUAAAUCUUAGUCCUUGAAAAUCAUAAGUUGUCUUGAACAGUCCUUGAAAAGUCCGUGAAUUUUGCUUGUCUAAAGUUGUACCAACCAUGUGGAUACAAUGUAUUUGGCGCAUUUGAAUAUAUUUAUAUAGAUAUUUGCGCCUUAUAAGUUUUUGAAAUUAAUAAUAAUUAAUUAAUGUAAGUGGCCGCUUACGAGAGGUUGUCCCACUUUUAGGUUCUUUUCUGACAGAAAAUAAAUACAUGUAUGUCUGACCAGCUCACCAGUUAAAUCGGCGACUAAAACAAAAAAAGUCGCCGGACAUAGAUUAAAUUGACUUUUUUAAUGAUAGUCUUUUGUGUUUGAUUUGUCUGCUCCUCACUUGUGACCCUAGGCAGGCCUGAUUUCAUCGGAAAUGUAUUAUAUAAGUUCUUUGUAAUUAUGUAUUUUUAGAAAAUCGGCACUUCGGUGAGACGAAUAUGAAUGAUCGCAGUAGUCGAAGCCACACCAUUUUCAGAGUGGUAGGUGUCUUACUUUAGUGUUGAACAAUAGUCUAACACGGAUUUACUUUGUAACUUCUUCAAGCAUUUUGCUAACGGAUGCAUGGUUUUAAGUUACUCCGAAACAGAGUCGAGUAAUUUCCUUUCUCUUUCUUCUGAAUCACCUUGUCUGGAUUUUUUGCGCGUAAAGUAGAUUAGACUAAGUUCACACGCGAAAAGUCAGUUUUGUCAAAUAAGUUGGCAAGUCCUCCUUCGUUCAUUCGCUCUUUUUCAAACUUUCUUGACGAUCUCGCGUUGAAACGCUUCUUGUUACACGCAGGGCUACUUCUUCCGACUCACUUACCGCCUAGAUAACUUUUGUGCGUUUUCUUACACCUUGCACUAAAUCGUUUUCAUGCAGCCCGACAAUUUUGGCCUCAUCUAUGUUUCUAUUUUUUUUUUAACUUACAAGAUUAUUGAAAGCCGCGAAAUGAAGGAUGAAAGCAAAGACCCCGAUACCAUAGAUGGAGCCGUUCGAGUGGCACAACUGGUAAACCGUUCGUCUUUCAAGGAAACGUUGGGUUUUCUUAUCAUUUUUGUCAUUCUUGUCUAUCUGUUGAAAAGGCUCUUAUUCCGUCAGAUUUUUACGCUUGGCUAUCAUAUUAAUUUCAUCAUGCAUUAUGUUUAGAACUUAGUUGACCUUGCCGGAUCAGAGCGGGCAUCACAGACUGGAGCUUUUGGUUAGUCAUUUAACCUUUACAUUAGUAUAUAACUACACCCUUACUACUAGUCUUCUUCAGGCGAUUUGGUCAAAUGUUUCACGAUACCAAUUUGCAUCACUUUGGUUUGCGUUGAUUUAUUAUGCCAAUCAUUACUGCUCCUUAGUACCACGAGACGUAGAACGUCUCCCACUAGACGAAGAACAUGUAGAGUACUGUGUUUCCUCGGAGAUCCGAUGAAACUCCAUUCUUCUGUUUGUACUCCUUUGGCUUUGUCAACCGCGUUUUUAGGGUCUUUCAUCUCCCCACCCCAGAGGGACGCGGGACGCUCCAGGAGGUGGAUGUGGAGAAGGAAGUCUGUAGAUGUUUUGCGCGUCUCUCAGGUUUCAUGCAGACCAUACGAUAUGAUAAUAAAAUGUUUCUUCGUUUUCCACAAACUGUUGCACUUGCUUAGGUUUUGUGUUGUUUGUACCUGUUGUGUUAUGGGUACUAGUAGGCUGAUUUAGCAACAGAACGGGAACGUCAGUUGACGACGGCGCGCGCAAAUUAAACAACUGGCUUGACCAAUGGCACAACGGCAAAUUGGGUACCGGAAGCCGUGUUUAGUCCUUUCCGCGCGUUUUGCCGUCAUCAACUGACGUUCCCGUCCUGUUGCUAAAUUAGCCUACUGUCAAGACUCAUUUCAAUCUCUUGUAUGAAUUACGUGGCCUCAUUUGGUAAUCGCAGUAUUUGAGUGACAUACCAAUAAACUAACAACAUUAUCAUUGUGUGGUACACCUUUUCUUGGAUGCACGACGUGCUUCUGUUGUCAUGUGAGACGUAAAAACGGUGUCCUUAGUAGUUCUUUAUUUUUUGUUCCUUGCAGGCCAACGUUUAAAAGAAGGUGGACACAUCAACAAGAGUUUACUGGCCCUUGGUUCAGUGAUCGCUAAACUCAGUGAGGGAGAAAGGUAUGGAAAAAAAACCUCACUUUUUACCUGGGAAUUGCGGUCUUUCCGCCCGAAAGUCGUUUCGCACGACGCCGGACGGCGUUCGCCAGGACAUUAGUCGAUUCGCCUAAUGACAUACAGCACUCUACAACAUUGUGAAAAUACUUUCGAGAUGUUAUUUUAGUUACCAUCGGAUUCCACAUGUGCAGUCACUGUCGUUCCACGCUUAUUCCCUUUUUCCAGGCUUAACGAGCGACAAAUACGCUUCGUGUAAAUCGAUUUAGUCUCAGUGCGAGCUCCUAUCGGGCGAAACGACCUGAUACCUUACCAGGAAGAAAUAUUCUCAGUAACAGGAAAAAAGGCAUGCCAUUUGCCUUGACUUUGCCCAGAGCAAUCCAUACAGCUAGAUGUGUAAGUCUUGAUAUAACAGAGCCUUUUUUACAAACUUGCUUUGAAGGCAUAGGUUAAAGAACACUAGCCUGCGUAGCAUGGCGGUUUUGGUUGGGCGCGCUAAAUAUUAAAGGCGGACGAGGGCAGUUGGUGGCCGGGCGAGGGCCGCUCAGCGGUGCUCCCGGCGAAACCGCCAUGCUACGCAGGCUAAAAGAAUACCGACAUGACAUGAUGAUAAUUCUUGCUUUUGCUUUAAAUACUCCUGUCCAAGUGGGUCUCCUAGAACGUCUGCAUCGGUCCACAGGCUACAUGUUUUUUUUUUUACGUGGGCGUUAGGUUUGCAUUGCUGCUUUACUGACGCCGAUUACAUUUGCAUUUUGCCUUUUUAGCUUCAUACCAUUCCGUGACUCCAAACUAACUCGGAUUUUACAGUCUUCGCUCGGUGGAAAUGCUAAGACGUCUAUGAUUUGUACAAUUACCCCCGCAGCCGUUGAAGAAACCAUAAGCACUCUAAAGGUAAACCUGUGAUACAGGGUAAACCUUUGAUACAGCUAUUUCAAGAAACGUUGUCAGAAAAAAUGUGCACGCGACAAUCCCGAAAGGUAACAUGGGAUAUGUUCAAUACACUGCUCUUGACACUGUUGCUGUCGAACCUACUUUUGUUGCUUUCCUUUAGCACUGGCAGACAUAUGUCCAUGGCCUCUCUUGCCAUUCUUUCAAAUUUCUUUGAAAAACAGUGAACUCAAAACCACCCACAAUACCUUUCGGGGUUGUCACGUGUACUUUAUCCGACAACCUUUCUCGGAAUAGCUGUAUUAAUGUCGUGCAUGGUUCAAUUUCCUCUGCUGAUACCUUUUAUUUUUUGAUGUUUGAUUUUAUAAAUUAACAAGUCCGCCCUCUUCCAAGCAGACUGCUGCGUUUCUAACAUGAGUACACGUACUUUUUUCUAUCGUUACAGUUUGCAAGUCGUGCCAAAACUAUCAAGAACUGUCCGGAAGUUAACGAAGUAAGCUUCCGUUUUGCUUUAUUUCCUAUGAACAGCUAGCAGAGCUGUAGGUAUUGGAGUAAUGUCGAUCAUGUCCUCUGUUUGCACGUUUUCAGGACGAACCAAAGGCUUGUUGUAUACUGAGGCCAUUUCUGAGUUCCAAAAUCUCUUACUUUCGUUGAAAACAAGACUAAGGCCCCGUCCACACGUAUCGGGAUAUUUUUGAAUCCGCAAAUUUUUCUUUUCGGAUUUAAAACUGUAAUUCACCAUUUCCACAUUUCCCAUAAUACACUUUGUUUGCGUUUUUCUUGCUUCCCAACACUCGCAAACAGUUUUGCAUAGAAGAUGAAGACAAUGCUUAUUCAAAACUGUUUUCGCGGUUGGGGGACAAGAAACACGCAAGAAAGUGUAUUAUGGGAAAUGUGGAAAUGGCGAAUUUCUGAUGAUUGAGAGAUAUGGUUGCCCCCCUCCCCCUGCCUCGUACCCAGGCACGUUCUAGCGGAUUCGAGAGCAACUGGGAUUUUGGUUCCGCGCUAGGUAUAAUUUUUCUAGUUCACCCUUCCCAGCGUCCUUUGUGUCCACGCUAAACGUCCCCAUGGUCCAUUGCGCGAAACUCCUUUAUGGCUCGUGCAGUCACGUUUUCCGUUGUCCACACUUGAGACGCCUAGGAACGAGGCAGCCCCACCCCUGGGCAGAGGUUUUCUGACAAAUUCCCCACCACAGAGACCGAGAUGACAAAUGCCCGCGAAGGGGGUUUACACGAUUGGAAUUGUCUGACCCGUAACUUUUUAACCCCUGGCUCACUUGUCCAAUGGACAAGGGUCUACAUAAGUCAUCUAGUAACUAAAUCAUUAGCUCAGACAAUCAAGCAAUGGCCCUGGCUAAGCAAUUUAAUGUAAGAGCUGCUUGCCCAAAAUUCAAGCUUUUUGCAAGCCUUUUUACGUCUCCGAUUUUUUAUUUUCAUUUGUAACGUUCAUGUAUGUGAGAAUGAUUUUGCCCGUGAAUAUUGCGUUUGUUCCGAUGAGCUGCGCUUGGUUUUCCAAGGAUGGCUCUGUAUAAGUAAUAAUUUAUGUUGCUGAUGAAAAUGCAUCUUGCUCUUUAGGUACUUGAUGAUGGAACUCUCCUGAAACGUUACCGCAAAGAGAUAUGCGAGUUAAAAAAGCAACUGACCGAGGCAAGUAACUUUUGCUUUUUUUCUUAGGAUUCAGCCGUUCUCGGGCUACACAACUUGUAACAAACUUAACUGAAUGCAUCCAUCUUGAUAUGUACUUUUUCUUCAUCAGAUGAGUCAGCAGUCAGCGAUUUCACAAAUGCAGGAGCUUCAAAUCGAGAAAGAGAAGGUAGAUGGCGUAAAUUGGUUUAAAAAAAUCCUUGGAUUUUUCUUUUUAUGUCGCUUAAACAUCAGCCCGGACGUUAUUAGACAUAAUUUAUAUACGAACUUUGCGUCUCCUGCGAGACUAUACUUUUUUUAAUUUCCCAUACUAAUAAGUAUUUUGUUAUUGGUGACUUUUUAAGUGCUUCUAAUCACCUAUCCAUCUAAUACCCGUGCUCAGCAAAAUCUAGAUCUGAAGAUUUACUUUCAAACUUCAUUGUUUUAGAGUCUGAAAACAAUAGCUACAAUUGCAUAUCACACUUGUAGAAGUUUUAUUAAAUCGACCCUUUGUGUAACCUGCGAGAGCAUCCGGUUUUUUGGGCUCAAGUUUUUUUGAAACCAGAAACUUGAGCCGAAAAAAAACGGAUGCUCUCGCAAGCUACCCCUUGUGUCGACAAAGAGGAAUUCAAUCUUCUUGAUUGAUGAGGCAACCUCUAAGAUUUGUACAGUGAGGCUUGAUUUUUCUAAUUGUUGUUGUUUAUAAUGUAUUUAGAUGGUAGAAAUGUUAGAACAACAACGCAUUCAACAGGUAUGAAAAAUAUUAUGAUAAUUAACCAUAGAGGUUACUGUCAGAUUUUCAAAUACUGGGCCUUUGCGCGAUACUUCAGCCUAGACUGCUAGCAGUCGUUCUGGACUGUAGCGCGGGUGAGCAUAUGAGGCACAAGCGUAAAAAGUUAAGCUUCGGUGAAACGGGAAACAAAAACAUGCAACUUGUUUUGCAACAUUGCUGCAAAACGGGAUGAAAAGGGAUGUUGCGCGUUUUACCACCUACGUUUAAACCCGUCAACAACCUGAUUUGGUUCAAGACCAGACUCGUACCCAGUCGCUAUUUAAGUGUUUAAUGGGGUGAGAGAAGAUUGGGGAUUAGGUUAGGGCGCGCACGGGUAACACCGCGGCAAAACGUCUACGCAUGCGCCAGGUUGAGCAUUUCCGGCCUCUUUUUCAGUCAAAUUUCAGUCACACUUUCCAGUCAGAUCAAAGCCUACCGCGCGCUUUCGGCUUCAUUCUGUGUGCAGCGUGUGGUUCAGUUGUUCUGCUUCAUGCUGCUCGUGUUUUUGACUAUUUUGUGGUUAUUGAAAUUGCUUUUAUGGAUAACUAGGCACAGAUCACUGAAACAAUUAGUCGAUUAGAUUCAGAAAAGGUAAGAUGAUAAUAACUUAGUGUGUAAUUUUGGCUAGAGCGUCAGGUAAACUGAUUUUCAUUCACGAAAACAAAGUUUUUGACUGUUAUUUUUCACUUAACCUGGCUGAAACUAAGACAUAAAAAGUUAUCAUUGCAAGUUGGUGUAUUGUAGUUCUAAUUUUCAGUUCUUCAAUUUCUCAGCCAUCAUGUCUUAAAGCCGAUUUGAGCUUUAUUUGGAAAACGACAACACAUAAUCGCUUUGUAGUUUUAUUUACCAGUGAGCUUUAAACGUGUUUUGAAACGAAACUCUUCUGAGUUGAUUGCCAUGAAACAUAAGCUUAACUAUAUUGUUGAGGUUGGCAGCAAGUUGACAACUCUAUUAAUUUUUUUCAUUCUCAGAAUCAGAGAGCAAAAGCUGGUUCGAUGGCUUUUAGAAGUCGAAAUUUUCAUGCCAUGUAUUUAGCAGGUGAAAGUUUCGUGUUUGCAUGAGAUGCAGCCGAGCCGCACAGUCUGAAAUUAUUGAAGUCUUCAACCAAAGAACAACCAUGUAAAAGAAUUAAAUAGGCAUUUUCUUGAGUGAAAGUCAUUUAUAGGCAUGUUUAGUUUCCCGGCACUGAAAACUCCGGGUGUUCGUGACUGCAGUCAUCAAAGUCGAAGUUGUUAUUAAAUCCCGCCCAUCUCUUGUUUUGAGUUCUUGUUUUCUCCGAUAAUAAAAAAAAUUAUUUAACGGACUAACAUUUUAUUUCCUGGUUUUAGUGUUAAUGAUAAUGAUGACUCCUUUUUGGUUUCUUUCAUAAGUAUUGUGAUUCUUUUCUUAGUUGUCGCCUUCUCCCAAAUUAACUUAUGCCAGAUCAGUAGCAUGCAAGAAAGCCAGUAAAAACGAAUUCGUCAUGUCGAGCGCUCGCGACCUGCAAACUUCAAAUAUCAUUUUCACCGUUGGUGCAAACAGAUAACCAUGUGGUGCAAAAGUUUGACGCUAGAAAAAUAUAUAAGCUUUCGAAUGAAGUGAGUUUUUUCGCCCCCUUUUUUGUCUGUUUCUCCCUUUUUGCUUUUAAACUUGGUGCGUCGGCAAUGUUAUGCCUACGCGAUUGGUUUAUAUACUAGACCGGAAACAAAAAGCUGACCGGAUGUCAAAUUUUAUGCUCAUGCGCAUUGCGUUUUGCCGCGGUGUUCGCACGGAUAAGCGCGCGGGUCUCAUGGGAAGCGACGAAGGAAAAUAGCGCGCCUGAACCUAAUCCCCAAUCUUCUCUCACCCCAAAAAACACUUAAAUAGCGACUGGGUACGAGUCUGGUGCAAGACAGGUUUUAUGCCGGUGGUAAAACGCGCAACAUCGCUUUGCAACUCUUUUUGCAGCAAUGUAGACUACGAGCAGUCUCUUUUUUCUUGGUCCGUCGAGCUAAACGCCCGAGACACGCAAAUCACCACGCGCAGGACUGAAGGUGCGAGAAGGCUGCCGCCCUCGUUUCUCGCGUCUCGCGGCUUCGCCGCAACACGCUCGCACGCGCGUGCACUUCCCUUACUAAAUCUGAAGAAAAAGAGAGACUGCUCGCAGUCUAGGAGCAAUGUUGCAAAACAAGUUACAUGUUGUUUGUUGCCUGUUUUUCCGUACCUUUGAAGUGCGAGUGAAAUCAGAUUUAAAAACUGUGAGUAAGUUCACUAAGUAAUAUCGAUUUUGAGGUCGUUUGCCCCUUGGCAUUUCGAAUUUUGUUUUUUUCUUAUCCUUCCACAGAGCGAACAAGAAGAGAAGAUAAAAAGGCUCCGUAACAUGAUUUGCUCCGCUGGCAAAGAAAAUGAACCUAAAGCAAACAGAGCAAGGUUGGCAAAGGUCGGUACCAUAUAGUUUGCUUCUUUUCUUCUUUCACCGAGUAAAGGGGUCUUGUUUAAGAGAUUUCGGUCAGGCAGUUUAGUUAAGUUUUUGAAUAGACACGUUUAGGUCAAUUUGUAUCACGUGACCAAGUCUCCCAUUUACUUGUCCUUUACUGUUCAUUAUUUCUACACAUAAAUUAGUAGUUCACGCAUUUUGUUUUAUCCAAAAGAAUUGUUUUUUUUUCUGCUCAUUUUCUAUUUUGAGAAAUUCUCAAAAACAUAGGGCCAUUAAAAAUAAAGAGCAGAAUAUUAAUAGCCUGUAAAAGAACCUCAAGAAAUGUGAAAUGCUAGAGUAGAGCUGUGACACUUCAGUAGAGGUCACUCGCUCAGGAAAAAAGUGUAGCAUAGCCAACGAUUUUGUUCGUUCGUUCGUUCGUUUUUCUUUUUGCGUUCCAGUGAUUGAAACCCAUAACAAUGGGAGAGGAAGGAUUUAUGGGAAAAAAUAACUGUCUCGUUUUAAUUUCUUUUCCUCAUCCAUUUUUUUCAGAGGCGUGAGACCUGGUGCCCAGGUGCGGCUCUGUCCAAGGCCCCUCUCGCCUCGGCCGCUUCCUUGGCCGUCCAGUCGCGUUUACAGCGAAUUGGCUCCAGCCCCAGUAGUGAUGGAAGUGAAUUUGAUGAGAUGCCAAGAGAAACGUUCUUUUCGAGGCUGGACGAGGAAGAGCAGCGAAAGUCUAAUGAAUUUGGCCAAAGAAGAGUUGGCUUUGUCAGCCCGAAGAUGAAAAGGUUGGUA